CGUUGCAGGGCCCACUCAUUGUUCUGCCCAGAGAUUGGUGGAGGCUAUGGCACUGCAGCCUCCAUGUGCGACACAUUUUGACUGACGGACGCGCGUGGUCAAACGCAGUGAGAAGCGCGCCAUCCGGGUCUUGCCCCACCAGUCUAGAUUAGUAUGAUCCAGCUUACCGUAACAUCACAGCUCUAGUUGGUGGAACUUCUGACGGUCCCUCGGUUUCUGAGCCUUCUGAAGCGCUCGGCGACCGUGAUCAAUGUGUCCCACCAGGAUAAAGUCAGCGCAUCACGACAAUGCUGCAGACACUCGCAGUCUCCUCCUCCCCCCUUCGGAGGGCUACCCACAGUGCUGUACAGUACGAGUUUCACUGCCGCUCUAGCCGUUCGCGAUGGCAGAUGGAGUAACACUCAUCUCGGCCAACUUGGUCACUGUCGGCAUUGAGAGCUUGCUCUACGGCAUUGUGCUGCUGCUCUCAUUCACCUUCUUCUACCUACAUCUGAGCCAUGUCUCAGGCUCAAGUCCCUCCUAUGGUGGAAGUCGCCUGUCGCGGGUCUUGACACCUAUCUUCAUCACAUCCGUGUUCAUAUUCUUGACUUGCACGGCACACUGGGUCCUCACGAUCACCCGUCUAUUCCAGGCCUUUGUCAUCUUUGAAGGUGGUCAGGCGCCGCUGUUGUUUUACGCCAACCUCUCUGAGUCUACGGAGGUCGCGAAAACUGCUUUCCUGAUCGGCACUUUGAUCGCCGCGGACAUUAUGAUUGCCUACCGCUUAUGGAUCAUCUGGGGUCGCAAUUGGUACGUGGUCAUUGUACCGGUCAUGACGAUUCUCGGUCUUUGCGUCUCUGGUAUCGGUAUUGUCUACACCUUGUCGCGACUCAAAGGUGGGGACACGAUCUUCCUGUCCGAUGUCGCGCAUUGGAUCACCGCGGAUUAUGCCACGACGUUUAUCACCAACAUCUACAGCUCUGGUCUGGAGUACGAACAGACUUACCGCCAAUUCAUACGGCGGAGGGAAUUGAUGCGAGUCCUCGCCACCAUCAUCGAGAGCGCCAGCUUCUACACGUCUACGUCGUCGUUUCUUCGCAAUCUACGAGUCGGACUCCAACCUGCAGUUCACUUCGUCGACACGCUCUGCCAGGUCGCCGGCACCGCGUUCAUGAUGAUCAACGUUCGCGUCGGCCUCGGCUGGGCGGUGAAGGGGAACAACAGCGUCUCGCAGGCGUCUUCGACCGGGCUCCAGUCGCGCCGCAAUGUCGACCAGUCGUACGUCAUGCGCCCCGUCGCUGUCGACAUCUCGACCGUGGUCCACCAAGACGACGGCUUGAACCAGGAGGUCAAGUACGACAUGCCUUCGCAGUACAAAUCCGUUUAGCGGCGCGUCGCCACCCGCCGCUUGCAAAAAUGCUUGGUACAUAGGAAUCGAUCCAAAAACGGAUAUGUAUCUGCCACUGCAGUAUAGCAGCGGACUGGGGCGCAUAUGGACUCUGUAGCAGCUAUGUACACGUCCAUACCGCCCAGUUACGUCAGGCUGUACACCGUCCAUGUCCCCUUCACUCCUGUAUACCUUGUAACUGCCAG